GUAUCCCUUAACAUGAAUGAGACCGACACCGCACGACGACCACUUCUGUCGAAAUUGAUCUGAGUGGCCUGAGCGUGCUUGAUUACAUGCAGGUUUGGUCGUUGGCGAACACGUCCCAAAUAUGUUUUACCGGUGCUCAUGCGUUUGCCAUUCUCCACUGUGCCUGGCGCGCGAGUACAACCAAUAGCGGCACCCUCGUCACCGAUUUGAGGUACACGGGGCACGCCUAACGUGGCAGAUCCAUUACACACCAAAUUGAGUAUAUCGUCAUAGUAGAAAUUGAAGUCGUUUAAUACCACAUGACCCAUAGGGUAAGUGCUAUUGCCGAUUGGUGUCACAGCUUUUCGAAAAUAGGGCAGUACAUCGUUCCAACCCCAUCCUACAUUUCCCUUCGCCAGCCAGUUGUCAUAGUCACGUCGAUUUCCACGCAGAAAAAGCAUGCCAUUUAUAGCGCCAGUGCCACCAAUCAUUUUACCGCGCGGCCAGUAACAUUUGCGAUCACGCGCGGCAUAGCAGGCGGUCGUUUGGGGUUCAGUAUAAUAGUUCCAGUUAUACUUUGUAAAUGUUGUGUAGGUGUACAGGCUCGGAAUCUUUAAUGUGAUUAAAAUGAGUUAAACAUUUAAUAAAUAAACAAUAUAGCGGAGAAGAAAACUCGCGUACCUCGGAUUCUUGGGGUGGAUCACCGCCGGCUUCCAAAACUAGCACCUUCCAAUUUCUAUUCUCACUUAAACGACUAGCGACCACUGAACCUGCUGUGCCCGCGCCGAUCACCACAAAAUCAUAUGGUUCUAAACCGUUCUCCAGCGCCAGACCGCCAUAGUCCUCGGGCCAGUUCUCCUUUGCGGAAAUCGCACAUUGCGCUGUGAUUAGCGUCUGUACUAAGGUGCUGAGCAAACCAUUGGCUGUGCCAACACUGGGGUUGGGACAGUGCGCUUGUAGAAUUGGCGCAGACAUUUAUAUCGUAUGGAGCGUACAACGUUUAACUCUAACAGUUGUGAGGUGAAUGGCAUUUGAAGCGAACAACAAUGAGAAAAUACGGUUCACACACAAUACUUUAUUUGUUCGUUAUAAAUGAAAAGGGUUCCGGAAAAAUACGAGAUAACGGUAAAUAAAUACAUAAAUUAGGUGCAUGCGCUCGAAUGAAGUGUAAACAUUGUUCUACAAAUUGUUCAUUAAGACUUGUUAUUGAGCAUGAAAAAAGUUGUAUUAAAUACACGUACAUAUGUAUAUUUUUAAAUUUUAUUUAGACCAAGCAUCUUUACGGAAAGACAAUACACCAAACGUCGUCUAGAGGGCCAAGUCUCCGAAACAAUCGCACACUAUAAGUUUAACCGUUGGUAAUUGGUUUUCACUGACGGGACGAAAGGACCCCACACUUCCUACACUGUGGUGAAGGAAAAUCAUUCUGGUCGAUUUUUAUCACCGAAGCAAUACUGCGCCAAAAGCAAGGACAAACGCAUAAUUUGCUCCGACAGGAAGACCAAGCAACAUCCCAUCGGAGCAGUAUCAAAAUCAUGUGGAUGCCUGGUUACUCCGGCAUCCAGGGUAACACACCUCCGCCAUACUAAUAAUUACAUCCGAAGUCACGGAGUACGGAGAAUAAUUAGGAGCUUUUGAACUAACCAUCCCCGGGGUGUAAUACCUUUUUGGCAGGUUCGUGGGAAGAGUGGUAGAUUGUGGAGAGGUGUUUAAUACGUAGGUGUAGCUGUGAGGCUACAAGCCGUGCAUACUUCUAUGCCGGUAUUGCAGUACUCAUGAGAAUUUCCUCUUCAUUGGCGCCAUCCUGAAAAAAAACGUCUCCGUACUGGGCGCACAUCUAAUUACAGGGCAUUAUAUCAAAAAUCUGCCCCUUCUGCCAAGCAACAGCCAGUGUGCAACGCCUACUGGUAUUCUGCCCAGAACUUGCUUCUCACCACUUCGACAAUACGUAUCCUCUUCUAUUUUUAAAACGCGCCACAGAAGACAAUGUCAACAAAAUAUUAUAUAUAUAAAUUUUUAAAGCACCUACUCCGUCACAUCUGCUCUGAAGCAUUAUUUCCAAAGAGGGCAGAGUCCUAAGGUGGGGUACUCUUCGCGACUCUGUUUAAGCCCUAUCUAACCAAUCUCUUCUCGCCGCCGACAGGAGUAAUGAAACAUUUUCCAAAAGAGCCAUCUCUCCUUUCUGUAGCAAAAUCUUUUGUUGCUAUCCGCUCUAUGGACAAAGGGAAGAACAAAAAUUGCAGCCAUCGAAAUUGUGUUCUCUUUCUCCCGCCGUAACUUGUAUUAAGCUACGAAUGAGCGCAAUACAGGUCGAAGUUUUAACCGGCAGUACUUUUAGGCAGAUAAAGAAGCUUUGGACGAAAUCGAUACAUCUGGAGGCCUAACUAAACUGGGCUCUAGGAAAUGGAGCUACAUGCGUCUCAAAACUUUAUUUACAAGUUCUUUCAACUCUAUGAUACUGACUUCCGAUACCGGCUCACUGAUUUGGAAAUCUCAGAUGAUCCAUAAUGAAGCCUCUUGGGGUGUUAAGCACUUAUACACUCACACACACUUUAGCAGUCACGUACGUAGUUUAAUCCAGCAUAUUGUUGAGCAUCCAGUUUCUUAAACAACUAAAAUAAUCAAUAAUUGGGUCACACGCGUUUUACAAACGGCCCAACUGCCUUUAACCGAAAAUUGCUGGCGAUCUUGUAAAUAUUUACAAUACAGCCGUGAUGGCAAACGCUACAUUUCAGCUGCCCUGCGCGGCACAAAGCGUCGGCACAGUUAAUAGCCUGGUCUCCACAUUGAUCCAAACGAUACUAACGGCACAAUGUGCUAUUUCCGCUAAGUCUGAUUGGCCACAAGAUUAUGCCGAUAAAGCACUAAAGGAGAGAUUGGGAAAAUACGAUUUCAUAGUGAUAGGCGCCGGCUCGGCGGGUUCGGUUGUAGCAAGUCGUUUGAGUGAGAAUCCCAAGUGGAAAGUGCUGGUGUUGGAGGCGGGCGAUGAUCCACCGCAGGAGUCAGAGAUACCCAGCAUGAACACUUUUCUGCAACAAACUCGUUAUACCUGGGACUACUAUUCAGAGCCACUUGCACACAUUUGCCUAGGACUGAAAGGUCGUUUGUGUUACAAUCCUCGUGGUAAGCUUAUAGGAGGCUCAGGUGCAAUCAAUGGUAUGGUGUAUGUAGAGGGACAUCCAAAGGACUUUGAUGAUUGGUUGGCCGCAGGUAAUACGCAGUGGGGUUGGGAGGAUGUGAAACGUUAUUUCAAGCAGGCGCUGCGCCCAGUGGGUAAUGCCACACACCCAAAGGGUUAUGUAGUAGUGAACAUAAAAAAUGCAUCCGACAAUUUACUAGUGUAUAAUGCAAUUUUUAGUGCCACAGCAGAGCUGGGCGUGCCUGCAAAGUUGGAGUUUAAGAACGGCAUAGAAAUAAGCACAACAUUUCUACCAGUAAUGCUUAGUGAAGGCAAACGUAUGUCCACAGGUAAGGUGCAUUUGGCCAAAGUGUCCGGGCGCCCCAAUUUACACGUCAUCAAAAAUGCGCAUGUUCGCAAAAUUCACUUCCAUCGCAACAACAAGCGCGUCAAUAAGGUUACAUUUGUGCUACGCGGCAAGCAUGAGCUGAGCGUAGAAGUGCGCAAGGAGUUGGUACUUUCAGCAGGCACUAUGGACUCACCCAAGUUGUUGAUGUUAUCUGGUGUGGGACCACGCAAGCAUCUUCAACAGUUGCACAUACCAGUGGUGCAUGACUUGGCUGUUGGCUCCAAUUUGUGCGAUCAUUUGAUGAUAGCGGUCUAUUUCAAAGUGUAUAAUGAAACUUUAGAUAUAUGGGGCCAGGCAGGAGGCACAGAUCCUUUUUAUGAUUUUCUAGUACGCAAUGACAGCCGCACCUUUAGGGGCCCCAGUGGUUUAGUUUCUUUCGUUAAUACCAAAGGCGACGGCGAUAUUCCAGAUAUUCAAUAUCAUUAUUUGUUUUAUCGGCGUGGUGAUGUGAAGCCCUUGCAAAGUUAUUUGAUCAGACGCGACGAAAAAUUCACGGCAGUCUUAAGUGAGCAAUUGAAGCAGUCGAGCUUGCUACUUUUCAUGAUGAUGCUAUCCAAGCCACGUUCCGUUGGCAAAAUACGAUUGCGGAGUAACAAUUAUUUGGACCAUCCGCGCUUGUUCUCGAACUACCUUGACGAUCCUGAAGACUUGGCGACUACUUUGCGCGGUAUACGCUUUCUUGAACGCUUAGCGCGCACAAAGGCUAUGCGCGAACUGAAUGCGACCCUAUUGCAUAUACCGCUCGAAGAAUGCGAUGAGUACAAGUACCGCUCGAAUGCAUAUUGGCGUUGCUAUGUUAAAUAUUUUGGUGAAGCGGGUUAUCACCAGACUGGCACUGUGAAAAUGGGUCCGACCAGCGAUCGGGAAGCGUGUGUAGAUCCACGUUUACGCCUCUAUGGUGUGAAGAAUUUACGUGUAGCGGACGCAAGUAUAAUGCCGACUGUGCCGCUAGCAAACACGAAUGCGCCGACGAUUAUGAUCGGUGAAAGAGCGGCCGAUUUCAUAAAACAAGAUUGGAAGAAAGGGAAAGUGAUGGAAGAAGGAGAGUAUGGGGAGGAUGAGGAGGAGGGGAAGCUAAAAAGGCCUUAAGAGUGGAUUUCAUAUAUUAAUAUUCAAACGUUUUUGCCACAAUAAAUGUAAUUUCAUUUAAUCCCCUUUUCAAAAUAAAAUAUUGUCAACUGAUUGGAA